GAGAGGCUCCCCUCUCUGCGUGCGUCACGGUGACGCGCUCCAGUGCUGCACAUUCAUGAACGCGCGCCGUCUCCCCGCACGGAUGGGAUCAGCCGGAGGGACGCGGAUGAAAGGCGGGUGUAAGGUUUCCUUCUACAAGCAGCAGCCUCACAGAUAGACAAACGCUGCUUGAUUGGCUGAAAUCUGGAUGCCAGAGGAGCAACAUACAAGACUCCACUGAGGAAAAGCCUGAGGAAAUAGUUUUUCCUCAUCAUCCCUGAAGUUGCGCGUCUUCGUGUUUGUCAAGCGUAAUCAUGGGGGCCACAGGCUACGGCUACUAUCGUGUAGCCAUCUUCUUCUCCAUGUUCAUCGGCUACUCGCUGUACUUCUUCAACAGGAAGACCUUCUCCUUCGUCAUGCCCUCUGUGAUGGAGGAGAUUGAACUGGACAAAGACGACUUGGGUCUGAUCACCAGCAGCCAGACUAUGGCCUACGCCAUCAGCAAGUUCAUCAGCGGCGUGCUGUCAGAUCAGAUCAGCGCCCGCUGGCUUUUCUCCAUCGGCCUCUUCUUGGUGGGGGGCAUCAACGUAGCCUUCUCCUGGUCCUCCACUGUGUCCAUGUUCUCACUGCUCUGGUUCAUCAACGGCCUGGGACAAGGCUGUGGCUGGCCCCCCUGUGGGAAGGUGCUGCGCAAGUGGUUUGAGCCGUCCCAGUUUGGAACAUGGUGGUCUGUGCUGUCCUGCAGUAUGAACCUGGCCGGGAGUCUGGGUCCAAUCCUGGUCACAGUGCUCCUGCAAUACUACGACUGGAGGACUAUCCUGUCCAUGUCAGGCAUUUUCUGUGCUGCCUUCUCAUUUGUUUGCCUGGUGUUGGUAAAGAAUGAGCCAAAGGAUGUGGGCCUGCCCAGCAUCGAGGCCACGGCCAAGAAGGGGACUAAGGGAGGCAACAGUGAGAGCACCUUGAGUGAGUUCCUCCUCUCUCCUUUCCUGUGGGUGCUGUCUCUGGGCUACCUGGUGGUGUUUGGGGUGAAGACGGCUGCCACUGACUGGGGGCAGCUGUUCCUCAUGCAGGAGAAAGGCCAGACUGCUCUUAUGGGCAGCACCUACAUGAGUGCCUUGGAGGUUGGAGGUUUUGUGGGCAGCCUUGCAUCCGGUUUCCUCACUGACAGAGCUGUAGCUCGGCAAGGCUUGGGCACCCAUGGCAACCCUCGUCAUGGCCUGCUCAUUCUCAUGAUGGCCGGUAUGUAUGUGUCCAUGUACCUCUUCAGAGUCACCAUCACACCUGAAAUCCCACAGGAGGCUCCUCUUUGGGUCCAAGUCAUUCAUCCUGUCUCUGUCCUCAUUGGUGUGUCAGAAAAAGAGAUCUGGAUCCUCUUCCUCGGUGCUCUCUUUGGAUUUUCUUCUUAUGGACCAAUAGCCUUGUUUGGGGUGAUAGCCAGUGAAAGUGCCCCUUCAAAUUUUUGUGGAACCUCUCAUGCUGUUGUAGCACUGAUGGCUAAUGUGGGGGCUUUUAUGGCGGGGCUUCCCUUCAGCACGAUAGCGAAAAAGCACAGCUGGGACAUGGCUUUCUGGAUAGCCGAGGUGGUCAUGGCCAUUGCCACCAUCGGCUUCUUCCUUGUGCGCAACAUGCGCACCAAAAUGGGACGGAUCGCAGAGAAAAUGGACUAAUGUAUCUUACUGAAAUGAGCCAACUGCCGAUGCCCUGAUAUGUGACCCGAUGGACUGAUUUCUUGGACUGUCGACGGCUCUGAAUACAGAAUACUGCACAUUAAUACAACCACUUAAUUUGACCAAACAGAACGGCACAGACUCAGAUACUUUUUCCUGAUUAAUUGGGUUGAUGUAGAUGCUCAUGGUGAGUGUGAUCCAUUAAACCGCUUUAGAUUCACAAUCACGUAUUGUCACACAUACAGUACCACUUUCACCAGCAUGAAGAUAGAGUAGAUGAUAUUGGUCAUCACAAGCUAACAAUUUAGUGCUUCCACUUGAUCCUAGAGGCAGUUUUCAUGUUGAGACAUUUAAAAGUUGCUGUAUGGCCUGUGUGUGCAAAGAAGAACCUGGAUAUGAAAAUAUGUAAAGGUUGUAGUUGAUUUUGUCAAGACCAGGUGGAUGUAUGCUGCUCAUUGCAUACCUUGCCUUCAGUUAUAUUUAACUUAUUGAAUGUGCACUGAUGGGCCUGUAAACUCAAGACUAGCAUUUGCCUAGGUGUUUGCACAAAUGUGGUAGCAUGUGUCAUGGUCAUUUUACUAAUACCUCAAGUAUUUGUAAAAAUGUACUGGGCUCAUUGUGUCCCUGAAAUGAAGUACUCAAGUUAUUUUUAUACACCGUCUAUGCGACAUGAUGCAGAAUAUAACACUGAUGCAGCCUUGCUAGGCCAUGUCAGCUUUUGUGAUCUGACAUGUUUUUAAAGAUCGAGUAGCAUCAAACCUGGUGUUUUGUCACUGCCACUGUAGUUUAUACAGCAGUUAAUGUUCUGAUCUGUAAAAUCUGUGAGUUUUCUUAACUCCAUUAAUAAUGGGUCUACUCAGUGCCAUGUUGGCAUAUCUGUCUUACUGGAAUUAUACAAUGGACCUGAAAGGGUUCAGGACAUCUAAUAAAUGUGAA